UGUGCAUCCGAUACUGUCAAAAUGGCGGAAAAAAAGCGGGGUAAAAAGCGUAAAGAGGAGUACAUGCUGCCCGGCCAAGAACUGGGCAACAAGCCUACGAAGGAGGAAUUCAAUAUAGCAAAAUGGAUGAGGAAAAAUGUUCCUAUCAAAAAAACCAAAUUUUUGAAUCACAAUGUGGAGUAUUUUACAGGAAAAAGGGCGGUGGACGCUCUCAUGGAAUCUAAUUACGCUAAAGGUGAAACCCCUUUGUUCAGAUCGCGUAAUGAAGUGGUAGAUUAUCUUCACGUUAUGCUUGAGCAUAAGUUUUAUCAUCGCGCUAUUAAAGUACCAGUAUCGGAACAGGAACUGCGUGGGAAAAAAAAGGAUAAAAAAAAGGAAUCUGAAUCCAGUGAUGAGAAGAAAAUUUCAAAAGAAAAGGAACAAAAUAAGGGUACUGAUGCGGAAAGCAGUGUUGUAGAAAGUAAAGAUGUUGGCUCCCAGUCCGAGAAAGAGAAGCGUAAAAAGAAAAUCCGUUUGGAAAUGCAUAAUGAUCAACAUUUCGUAGACAAUCUGGACGCUUACGUUUGGAUCUAUGACCCAAUCCCUUUUUAUUACUGGAUAAUCGGAACAUUGCUAGUGUUGGGUGCUAUCGGGGUAUGUUUGUUCCCGUUGUGGCCUCCAUCUGUUAGAUUGGGAGUUUACUACUUGAGUGUGGCGGCCGCUUGCUUCUUGGUCUCAAUGAUUGCGAUGGCCAUAAUUCGGUUGAUAAUAUUCUGUCUGAUUUGGGCGGUUACAUUGGGAAGGCAUCAUUUGUGGAUAUUGCCGAAUUUGACGGAGGAUGUGGGAUUUUUCGCAUCAUUUUGGCCGAUAUACACAUAUGAAUAUAGAGAUCCCGGGUCCCAAUCUGCUUUGGAUAAGAAGAAAAAGAAGAAGAAGAAGAAGGAUAAAGACUCUGAUGCCGAAGAGGAGGCUGAUGUUAAAGAACAAUUGACGGGAGGAGAUAAACUAUUAAAAGAACGAGAUGAAGAAGACAAAAGAAAUGUCGAGGUCGAUCCGGAUGGUCAACAGGAGAAUGCAGGAGGAUCCGAAAGUGAAAGUGAGUCGAAGUCGAGUACGGGUAAAGAUUUCGAGAUAGUCGACGGUAACGACCUGGAAGAAUCUUAACGUUUAAACAUAUACAUUUAAAUUAUGCUAAAUAUCGCACAUAACAAAAUUAAGGAGUAG